CUCUCUUCUCUUCUAGGAUGAAAGGGGAGACUCCAGUGAACAGCACUAUGAGUAUUGGGCAAGCUCGCAAGAUGGUGGAGCAGCUUAAAAUCGAGGCCAGCCUGUGCCGGAUAAAGGUGUCCAAGGCAGCGGCAGACCUGAUGACUUACUGUGAUGCCCACGCCUGUGAGGACCCCCUCAUCACUCCGGUGCCCACUUCGGAGAACCCCUUCCGGGAGAAGAAGUUCUUCUGUGCCCUCCUCUGAGCUGCCCCUUCCCUCCUCUCCGUCCCUCCCUCUCCCUCUCCAGAGCCCUUCCUUCCUUAGAUCGGUCACUGCGGGGACCCGGGAGGCUCCCCGCAGCCCUUUCCUCGCCCUGUGACAUCACCUGAAGCACAGAACCUUCCGCACCCACGUCUAUCCCGUCUCCUCACCCCUGAGGCUGACCCCCCAGCACCCCGUGAUUCGGGCACCCUCCGCCCCACCCACAGAGGGGUCCCCCGCGGGGCUGCCAGCCUGCAGCUGGCCCCCUCCCUCGGUGACCCGCCGGAGACAAUGGGGAGAGGGAUGUGCGGGGGGCUGGCUCCCGGGCUCGGCGGGGGCCAUGGCGAGGGGAAACCCGUUUGAGGAAUAAAGUCACCCGAGCCGGCGGGCAGCUCCGGGGUCAGCGUUCUUGGGGGCAGGGUCGUCGGUCACUAGGCUUGCCAUGCCCGGGGAACCACUGGACGACCGGCGC